AUGGAUGGCAUUAUUAGCAUUAUUGGGAAUAUUAUUUCAUUAGGUCAAGAGAUCAAUACCCGUUUUGAGAAGCAUGGAGAAGCCAUUGGAGAACUCAAGAAAUUGGAAAGAAUUCUACUACAGCUUAAGGAUGUUUUGGAAGAAAUUAAUAAGAAACCUGAUAAAGCUAAUAAAGCUGACAAGGAUGAAGUUGAAAAUGUUUAUAUAAUUGGCAUCAAAGAUACCAUUGUGAAAGCCCAAAACACUUAUAUGAAAUGCGCAAAAGAUCUUCGCAUAAAUGAAGAUAAAAGCAAGCUUAAAAUUAUAAAGCAGGGUAUAGGAAUACUUAAAUCACCCUCUAUCUUGGCAAACAUCCAAAGCAUAAUUAAAGAGAUUGAGUUUGAACUUAACCUUACCGAGAAGUUCUUGAGUAUCGUACGACACACUCAAACUUCAACAACAUCAGAAACCACUACAUCCACUAGCUCUCUAGUGGUAGGAUCAGAACUGAAAGGUGCUUUGGCAAAUACGAUUGAAGAAAUUGUGAAAAGACUUCAAAAUGAAUGUCAGCAACUUAAGGAGAGGUUUGAUCGCUGUACCCUUCCUGCUGAUUCUUCUUUCCUUGAUGGCCUGGGAAGAGACAAUCCGGAAGCAAUUGCAUUCUGGAAACAACACUUCAGAUCUGCUGAACUCAGUAUAGCAUCUAUUGUUCCUUACGAGAAUAUCCGGACUGCCAUCAUGACAUUCAAUGAAAGCGAUGAAAUACGCAAACAUGGCAGUAGAUAUCUUAUUUCAAAUAGAACGCUUGAUUUGAAAGACAUUAGACCACUUUGGCUUCCAGCUCUACGCGAAGCACUGGAUCCAUUGCACAAAGGUUACGUUAAACCACAUGACUAUUUGUCUUUCCUUGGUGAAGAAAAAUUAUCUAGCAAGUUAAAACAGGUCGUUCUCAAUAGUUGUGGUGACAUUCCGCUCCCAACUGAAUUAGAAUGUCCUGCUCAUAGCGUUGGUUGGAUGUCUGCCUGCCAAAUCAUUUCAGUACCAUCAUUGGAUGAACUUGGAAUAUUCUUACAAAAUGAAUCAAAUCUAGAGAGUAUCAUUAAACACAUCAUCGAAUAUCCUGACAUAUGGGUAUGCGUUCGCUACCUUCAAACUGGACAAAUUGAGAAAAAACUUCUCACAAAGGAUAUACGAAUGCUCGGUGGACUUCGUAUUGGAAUUUCAAUAUCUAUCAGAUACACAUUAGAAAAUAGUUCAAAGGUUUGGAGUAGUAUCUUUUCGGUUAUAGAACUUAAAGCUUGUGCUGGUGGGCGUUAUAUUGUAACAGCUAGAUCAGAUGUGAAUACCAUCGUAUUUGUGACAAUGCCGCCAGUUGGCUUUGAUCAUUUUGUAAUACAGACCGAUCAACAUGAAGAUUUAAAGGACUUACCAGAGCUUGAAUAUAGCCUGUUGGGACCUUCAAAAGUAUUUAGACAAAAACCUAAAGAUGGAGAGAAAAUUCAGGUCAAUGUAGAUGGGUUAUGGCAUGAUGUUAAAGUUACCAAAGUCGACGAUAAAGAUGUGGAAUAUGUGAAUUGGUCUUCGGUUGACGUUAUUCCUGUAGAAAAUACCGAAAACAUUGAUGAUUCGGAGGACGUGAUUGGCUUUUCAGAGCAAAACUUUACAGAACUUGAAAGAGGUGAAAAAAGAAGUUGGUGUCCAUGGAAAGACGACAACAAUGAAGGCGUAACAAAGUGGGACAUUAGACCUUAUCGCUGCCUCCACGUUGGUGAUCUUGUAGAAGCGCCUGUGGACUCGCAAUUAUAUCUUCCGGCUCGUAUCAUUGAAGUUGAAGGAGAUCAAUAUCUGGUCGAGUUCAGCCCCGCAUUCAUUGCUUACAGUUGGUGGCCUGGCCGUUCUUCAAAUCCGGACAAAUUUCCGCGCGAACCAGAAGCCAAAGAGACUGUCAAAAAUCCAUUUUUCAAUGAGACGCAAGUCUGGGUGAAUAUGGAUCGGGUUCGCCCUUACUGCGGAGCUGACCCGCAUCCUGUUUUGGGUAUAUCGUCGAUGAGACCACAUAGUUGGUCGGUAUUUCAAGGAAUCCAAUUUACGGACCUGCAACAAUUUAGCGAAAAGAUUUUGUGGAAGCAAUAA